UCCAAAGUACCUCGCCCAUCCUUGACUUCUGCGACGUUGGAUGACUUAGACUCGGACCAAUAGGUCAGAAUAGACAGGUAAGGCAUUUGUGUUCAGUCUGGCCGUCCGUGCGGGCUUAGAAGAGCCAGCGAGACUCGCCAUCUCUUUCUCUCAUCCUGCCACUCUUGAAGUAGCCUUACGUGGCUCUUCUUGCAUCCAAAAAGCUGGCCUUUUGUAUCUCUUCACCCAUGGAACCCCAGAACGCAUCCAGGAGCUUCCGGCUGGCUUUCUAUUGCUCAGGGCAUGGUUAUGGGCACGCGACUCGCGUCUCGGCACUCGCGCGACACCUUCUAGGGCUCGAUUCCAACCCCGAGGUUUAUUUGGUGUCCACGGCUCCUGAACAUGUUUUCGCCGAUAGCAUUUCUCGGGGAGCCCAGUAUCGCCAUGCUUAUGUUGACCCCGUCAUCGUCCAACCAGUCGCUUAUCAUGUCGAUAGACAAAAGAGCAUCGAAGUGCUUCGAUCCUUUUUAGAUCAGAAAGACGAGUUCCUCGAAAGAGAGGUGGCAUGGCUGAAGUCCACCGACGUAGACUGCGUGCUCAGCGACUCCGCCUUUCUUGGAUGUUUAGCCGCAAAUGCCGCAAUGGUCCCCUGCAUACUCGUGACCAACUUCACUUUCGACUCAGUGUACAGCUACUUGUCUACUUCAUACGUGGACCGCACUUUACCGAUUGACUCUGUGACCUGGGAGUCUUCCGGCGAAGACUCCAACAUAACUGCGGACGUGCCCAUUCCUUAUGACGAUAUCAAGGCACUUGUCGACGAACUGCAUGCUGGAUACCGCUGCGCAGACCUUCUCGUGCUCCUACCUGGUGCAAUUCCUAUACCCUCAUUUUCUCGAUAUCCUCCGCUUCCUGCUCACCGCUGGACGGAUGAGAGCGACAACUCAUUAUUGCACACGGCCGUCGUUCACCUGGACAAGGGACCGGAAUAUGGUGGAUUACUCCCUGCUGUUCCCUUUCCUUCGCCUCCCGGUGCGCAAAAGUCGAUAGAGAAGCCACUGCCUCGGUUCGUGAUUCAAGCGCCACUGCUGGUGCGCACGCCCACCAACGUAGCCUCGGGUGAAAGCGUAUACACCCCGGCUGGACGUUCUGCCUUCCUCGCCUCACUUGGCGUCCCCGAACAUCUGCAUGAUCCUUCAACGACGCACAUCCUUGUGGUUUCCUUUGGAGGGCAGCGCAUCCGUCGUCCAAACUCGGGUGCGACCACACCUGUUCGCGGUCUACGGGCCACGAGCAGCAACACCUUAUCGAAUGGCCGUUCAGGCAGCACGUUGCUUUCUCCUGGAGCACUCCUUCCCCAUACAUCUGAUUCCCGCCUGGCUACAACAUCCCAGCUGCUCAUGCCUGGGGCCCCUCCCGCGUUCAAGCCCGAGUGCAGCCCUCUGCUUUCCUCAGGUUCAUUCCCGGACCGGCUUAGCACGGUAGACGAGAUAGUAACCGAGGACCUGCCACGUCUGCUUCCCGACGAAUCUUGGAUUGCUAUCGUCUGUGGAGUCUCCAAGGAACAGUGGGCAGAAGGCGAAGACGAACUUCCGGAAGGAUUCUACGUUGCUCCGAAGUAUGUCUACAUGCCGGAUUUAACGGCUGUGGCAGAUGUUAUACUCGGCAAACUGGGUUAUGGCACAGUCUCCGAGUGUGUCGAUUCGCAGACCCCUUUCGUGUAUGUGUCGCGCCCCCUUUUCGUCGAAGAGCAUGGGUUGCGCCGAUUACUUGAACAAAGCGGCGUCGGGCACGAACUAUCGAGGACCGCGUUUGAAUGCGGUGACUGGGCACACGCGGUGGAAAGGGCCUGGAAACGUGGCAAGCUGGCAAAAGACACGAUCCGGGCCAAGGGUGGUAAUCGCGGUCGAGACGAAGAGUGUAGACAAUUAGCUGUUAAGCUCGUGGAUUGGAUAACAGCUUGGAAGGAGGCAGUGAGAUAUCAAUAAGCACUUGAUUAUGUACAACGGACAUGUAUUCAGAUAGAUUGAACUAUUUAGCUAUUUAAAUGAUCUCUU